AUGGCCGUGUCGACAACGCAGAGCCGAGCCCACAGCGGCCACGGCCACAGCCACGGCCACAGCCACGGCCACAGCCACGGCCACGGCCAUCACCACCAUCAUCACGACAAUGCCUUCUUGACUUCAACCAACAAGAACGACCCUGGCGUGCGGAUUACCCGGAUCGGUUUGCUGUCGAACCUGUGCAUGGCAAUCGCAAAGUUCGCCGGCGGAUGGGCCUUCAAUUCCAAGGCAAUGACGGCCGACGCCUGGCACAGCAUCACGGAUCUCGCCUCAGACAUUCUGACCCUCGCGACCGUUUCAUGGAGUCUGAAGCCGCCGACCGACCGCUUCCCGCAGGGCUUUGGCAAAAUUGAGAGUCUGGGCUCGUUGGGUGUCUCGGGUAUGUUGCUAGCUGGUGGACUAUACAUGGGCUGGGAAAGCGGGCUCAGUUUGUAUGGUCACUUCUACCCCGAGGCGGCGCAUGGUAUCAUGGAACACGUCGGCCACGGCCACAGUCAUUCCCACGGGGCUGCGGCUCUGGGGAUCCCGAGCAUGCAUGCGGCAUGGUUGGCUGCAGGAACCAUUCUGAUCAAGGAAUGGCUCUACCACGCAACUAUGAAGGUUGCGCGGGAACGCAAGUCAUCCGUCCUGGCAUCCAAUGCCAUCCACCACCGAGUCGAUAGUCUGACGGGCUUUGUGACGUUGGCGGCCAUUAUGGGUGCCAACGCUGUUGAGAACGCCGCGUGGCUGGAUCCCGUCGGCGGGCUGCUAAUUUCCAUCAUGGUGAUCCAUGCGGGCUGGGGUAACACGAUGGCGGCAUUCUGCGAGCUGGCAGAUCAGAGCAUCGACGACGAGAUCAAGACAUCAGUGCGCAAGCACACACAGAAGGCACUGGCGAACAUGGGCGACGAGCACAACGUGGAGCUGCGCGAUGUGAGCGGUGUCAAAUCUGGACAGAACUACCUGGUCGAUUUGGAACUGGCGGUACCGGGAGUGUGGACUAUGGAACAGGCCAAGGAAGCGGAGGAAGCAGUGCGCACUCAGGUGGGAGGCAAGGUGCGCGGCGUGAGGAGGAUACGAGUCCGAUUCGCACCCAAGGAGGGUCCCGUCAACGCCAAGUUUGACGACUUCAUAUUGGGGACAGACACCCCGUCGCCGGACGAGGAGGAAUCGAGUGACGAAACGGACGAGCAUGACCACGAUCAUGAUCACAAGCCCAACGGGACUAACGGCGCGGCCAACGGCAACCACGAUCACAAGCACAGGCAUUAA